GUAAGUCUUAUCAUUUAAAACGUAGUCGCUUAGGAUUCAGAUAAAAAAAAUCAUCACCAGCACCACAGAAUAUUAAUUUCCACCAACCGAGAACGAAAUAUCUAAGGAAACGAAUUCCCUAGGGGACUUUUCUGAGUCCACGGAAUGAAUCAGUUUGACCAUUUAAAAGAGGAUGAGAUGGAUGAGCACGAGGACUCCGUAACUACACGAGAGGAGAAGAGCGAGACGGAGAGUGGGUCCAUUAAUCAUAAUAAUAAUAAUAGACGAAAGACCAUCUCUCCAGGAGCAGGAGAACACCCUCUCCAGUAUAAUUACACAUUCUGGUACUCACGCCGAACACCCAGCCGGCCAGCCAACACACAGAGCUAUGAGCAGAACAUUCGACAGAUUGGAACUGUUGCCUCGGUGGAGCAAUUCUGGAAGUUUUACAGUCAUUUAGUGCGUCCUGGAGACCUGACGGGCCACAGUGAUUUUCAUCUCUUCAAGGAGGGCAUUAAGCCAAUGUGGGAGGAUGAGGCAAAUAAGAAUGGUGGAAAGUGGAUCAUACGGCUAAGGAAAGGACUGGCCUCUCGGUUCUGGGAAAACAUCAUAUUGGCCAUGCUGGGAGAGCAGUUCAUGGUGGGAGAAGAGAUCUGUGGAGUGGUGGUGUCCAUUCGCUUUCAGGAGGAUAUUUUGUCUAUUUGGAACAAAACGGCAAAUGACCAAGUGACCACCUCCCGUAUCCGUGACACGCUGCGCAGAGUCCUCAACCUGCCACCCAAUACCAUAAUGGAAUACAAGACCCACAACGACAGCCUCAAGGACAAUUCCAGUUUUCGCAACACAAAGAUUACAUUGUGAGAAGAGUGAGAGAAGAAUAAAAUGAACUACAUCUCGAAUAGGAAGUACUGACUGGUGGAUGAACUUGUAAAUUAUUAUUUUUUCCCAACUCUUAUCUGCUCAGAAUGCCUGGACUGAUUUAAAACUGAGCAUGGACAUUGCAGACUUUCUUACUGAUUAAAGAGGGUCCAGCUAAAAGAUCUAUACGUUCUCAUCCUUGCUGGGAGAACAGUUUUUCUCUACGUUUCCCUGCAGCCGAAGAGGAGUCAAAGGAUGAGGCCCAGCCCUCCCUCACAUUCCCUCUGUCCUCGUACAGAAAUAUGUCUGUAUUUUUAUCGUUUUUUUUUUUUUUUCCCCUCUAUCUUUGUUGAGCAUUUUUAUGAAACAGUUAAGUCACGUUUAGAGCCACUGCCGCAACCCCUGCAGGUCUUUAGGCUCUCGUGGAUUCUACUGUAUGGAGAUGUGUUCUUUCUGACUGUACAUAAAUCUGCAUCUAAGUAAAUUGA